AUGGCAGGCUCUGUGACGUGCAGCGACUACACCACAAUUCCCAACAUUGGCGCAGUCAAGCAGGAGUGGCGCCGAGCCCCGGCCCCAUCCACUACCGUAGAACCGAGCACCGAGGAGAGCGGCAGCGGCGAUGAUCUCCUGACAACGCCCGGAAGCACAACUGCUGAGGGCAGUGGCGAUGUUGUGCUGACAACUCCUGCCAGCACUACCUCGUCCACUACCACCACCACGGCCUCGACCACCACCACCACCGUCUCUUCCACCACCACCACCGUCUCGACUACCACCACCGUCUCGACUACCACCACCACCGUCUCGACUACCACCACCACCGUCUCGACUACCACCACCGUCUCGACUACCACCACCACGGCCUCAACCACCACCACCGUCUCUUCGACUGCCGAAUCUACUACCACCACUGUCGCCACCACCACUACACCAUACCCUACCGACAGCAGUGUGGAAUUGGACACGACCACACGUGGAUUUUUCUCAUUCGGCGGCCUGAAUCCCUCAGACCUGCAGCCCGGAGAGAUGCACUCAAUUAUUCUGCGGGCACUGAACGAGCGACUGAACGUGUCCCGCAGCCAGUUGACACCCGACAUGAUCAGGGUGCUCAACAUGCGCAAGGGCUCGAUCUUGGUCAACUUUAGCGUUACCCCCUCGUCAUCUGCGUCACAGGCCGUGUAUGCCGCGCUCAUCACCGUGCGCCGAAGCGGUGCAAUGAGUCGAAUGCUCUCCGACCUCGUGGGCAAUGUGGUCACUGACAUUCGCCUGGAGGACGAUACGCUCGGCGCCUGCACCGAGUGCACGCCAUAUGCUAGCAACGUGACCGAGGCUGAGCUUCAGGCCGCCAUCUCCGACUACCGUGCGGCCGUUGCGUCAGACACUACGAUCUCGCCAACGACCGGCGAGGAUGAGACAUCCAGCUCGAAACGAGCCACCAGCUCAUCUGACAUUGCGCUGAUUGUUGUCUUCUCCACCGUCGGCUUGGCCAUGGGUGCGGCCUUUGCCUACACAUAUGUUCACCGUCAAUCAGCGCGGGUGGGCCCCGACUCGGACGCUGACCAGGCGGACAGUGCUAGCAAUGCCAGCACAAGCCGUGUGAUUGGCGGCGUUGUUCAUAGUCAAGCCACUAUGUCACGCACUUGUCUGUCUCUCUGUGGCUCUCUCUGUGGCUCUCUCUGUCUCUGUGGCUUUCUCUCAAGCUCUCAUACAAGAUCGUUUGUUCAACCAACAGCCCCAAACGUGCAAUCCUCGCCCCAACGCACGCCACCCUCAAAUAGGCGACUCGUCGAUGAGGCCUCCAGCUCCCCUGCCGCUCUCUCGCCGGGCACUAUGGCCGCCCAUCCAAUGCCCCUGAUCCGCACAGCCUUAAACCGAGCCAAGGCCCCCAUCACGACCGUGCAGCACCGAAUACUCCUCAGCUUUGCGCUGAUCAUGGCCGUGCUGAGCCCCGCCCCGGCCCAGGCCUUCCACCUCAACGUCAGCUCCGACUACACUUAUAGCGGCCCCUACAUCACAACCGAUACCCUUGUGCACGUCGACCUCGCCACUCGAGAACCCGCCACGCUGGCUUUUCCCAACCUCGUCAAAGCCUUUGCCUCGCUGACAAUUGUCGUCGCCCGCGGCAACGUCACCAUCCUCUUGCCACAACUUGCCGAAACAACUCACAACUUUGAGUCACUGGUGCAGCCACGUGGCCUCAUCGCCGACCUCCAAGCCCCGGUCCUUGCCCGCAUCGCUGGAAACUUGACCUGUACCAUUCAUCAAUCCCCGGGUUUCGCCCUGGCUCCUCGUUUUCAAGUUUGA